CCCCUGGCUCGGAAAGGGGGUUGGUCACAGGGCAAGUCGCUGCGCAACGGUCAUUCCUCCCCUCCCCCCCGGGUCUUGCCGCCGCCGAGCCGCUCGUCUGGAGAACGGGGCGGUUUGCCUGGGAGCGGCGGCGUCCUGUGCACGGCCCCAGCCGCUGGGCGCCGUUGCCCUCUCGGCGACGGCCCGGGAUGCGCUGGCGGCAGGGCGCGCGGGGCCAUAGAAGAUGCCCCCUUUCCUGAGAGCCUGCUGGGCACGAGCCUGUCCUCGGGGCUCUGCAGCAGGGCAGGAAAAAACAGCAGUGUACUGAAGCUCUUCAUUACCAACAUUGGACUGCACAAGCAGGUUAAAAUAUGGCAGCGGAGAUUAACUUUCUAAGAGAUCAAAAUCAGAGACUAAAUGCAGCACUUAGACAGCAUCAAGCAGAGAACCUUUUGAGAACCACCUCUGUGCAAACAAACAUCGUAAGAGGAGAUGACACACUGGAAUCCUGGCUGACUGACCAAAGCUUUCUGUCCCCCCUAAUUGCUGAGUAUGAUAAACAUCUGGAGGAAAUGAGUGAACAGCUGCAGUACUAUCAGGCACAGAUGGGAGAGAUGAGACUAAAACUUGAACAAGUCACCAAGGAAAAUGAAGGGCUCCAUGAGGAAUUGAAAGAGAUUGUUGAGAAGCAACUGGAGGACCUUCCUUCUGGCACUGUCUUGGGGAGUGAUGUGUUUGCAGAUGAAGAAAUUGUAAGAAAUCUUCAAGAUCAGUUACAACUAGCCAAUCAGGAAAAAGAGCAAGCACUAGAACUCUGGCAGAGAGUAUCACAGGAACUAGAUCAACUCCAGCAGCGGUACCAGGGGCACAUGACUGAAGCACAGAUUCAUGUGGUAGAAAGGCAAAAACAAAAAGAUCAGUUGGCUGGCUUUCAGCAACUGACUGAGCAACUUCGAUUAGCCAAUGAAAAAACAGAGUUGACUAAUCAACAAUUUCUGAAAACGGUAACAGAACAAAAUGUGGAAGUAGAACAGCUACGGAAACAAUUGAGGCAAGCCAAAAUAGAUGUGAGAACAGCAACUGCUAAAGUUGAUGAAAUGACAAAACUGUUAGCAGACCUUCAAGUCCAAAUGAAGAGAAAGGAAGAAGAUGUAGUAUCUGCUCGGGAGAAAGAGGAAGCAUCAGACAAACGCUUGCAGCAGCUACAAUCAAGCAUAAAACAAUUGGAGACAAGAUUAUGUGUAGCUGUACAAGAUGCUGAACAGUUGAGAACAGAGAGAACAGCUCUAGAAAAACAAAUUAGAGAGCUACAGACGAAGUGCACAGAUCUAGAAGAGGAAAAAUAUGAUGCAAUUGUAAAAGUUCGAGACAGCAUGCAACUCUUAGAAGAAGCUAACCUACAAAAAAAUCAGGCCCUACUGGGAGAGAAGCAAAAAGAAGGGGAGAUAGAAAAUAUGAAAGAAGCAAUUUCUCAGCUUGUACAAGAUGCUGCUGCAAGAACUAGAAAGGAAGUAGAGAAUGCAAGGAAACAUUACAAUAUACAGAUAUCUCGAUUAACAGAAGAACUUUCUGCUCUUCAAAUGGAGUGCGGAGACAAGCAGAGCCAAAUUGAACGGGCCAUUAGAGAGAAGAGAGCAGUGGAAGAAGAACUUGAGAAAAUUUACCGUGAAGGUAGAGGAAGUGAAUGUGAUUACAGAAAACUGGAGGAACUUCACCAAAGGUGUCUGAUAGCAGAACGUACAAAAGAUGACCUUCAGCUGUGUCUACAGACAACACAAAACAAAAUUAAACAACUGGAGAUGAACUCUGAGGAAGAGCUAUCUCGUUGCCAGGAAAUGGUUCGCAAGCUGCAAAGCAUUCUGGAUUCUGAAAGAGAAAACUCUGGCUCUAUCAGUGAACAAAGACUAAAACUUCAACAAGAAAAUGAACAGCUGCGUAAAGAAGCAGAUGACUUGAGGAAACUGGCCAUAGAUGCACAGCAGAAAGCUAAGUUAAAGAUAAGCACAAUGGAACAUGAGCAUUUAGUGAAGGAACAUGGGUUUGAGGUUCGACUGAAAGAGAUGGAAGUCACUAAUCAAAAUUCCACUGGUGAAUUAAGACGUCUGUUGAUGGCCCAGCAAAAAGCAACAAACCGGUGGAAGGAAGAAACAAAGAAGCUUACAGAAACUACAGAAACAAGGAUCAGUAAUCUGAAAAGUGAGCUGUGUCGACAAAAACUUCAUACACAAGAGCUGCUUUCUCAGCUGGAAAUGGCAAAUGAAAAGAUCACUGAGAAUGAAAAACUAAUGAUGGAGCAUCAAGAAAAAGUCAACCGACUUCAAAGGCGACUAACACAGGCAGAACAGAGAGCAGCUACAGCAUCUCAACAGCUCAAUGUGAUUACUGUGCAGAGGAAAAAAGCUGCCUCCAUGUUUGUUUCCUGUGUGACAUCCAUGGAAAAUAGUAAAACGCAAAUACUGAUCUGGUCUCUGGUACACCUAGGCUCAUCCCAGCUAUAUUCUUACUCCAAAUGCUAAUUCUGUGCAGUUAUUCUGAAAAAGGCUUUUGAAAGAAAUUAGUAUAUUAGACUCUUAACUGUUUUUUCUUUAAGUAUAUAUAACACUGGAAAAUUCAUUUUGACAGAUCUUGAAAGUCCAUCGUUGUCUGAAGUAAGUGAUUCUAAUUUCUUCUGAAUAUUUUCACAAUGCUGUGUAUUUCCUCUCCCUCCCCACAAGAUAUUUACAAUAUGAAGAAAAACACAACUUAUAUUACAUUUAUCUGGACUGAUAAUUCACUCAUGGUUACCUGAAAAUGUCCUUUCUUUGAAUAACACAGAAGUCUUACAGUGGGUCUUCACCCUGCUUACACCUUUGGAGGCAGAAUCAGCCACUGGCAGGUAGGAGUGUGUCUUGCCCCCUGAAGAAUCAGUCAGUUAAGACAACUUCCAUAGCCAAGGAUAAUUCUCUUCAUUUAAUAAUCUAAGAAAAAAAACUCUUAAAGGAUAACUGUUUUUGUCUCCUCCUGCACAGCAUACUUUAUAAAUAAUCACUUCCUCAGUUUAGUGUAUCCUAAUGCUGAACCCAGUUUAUACCAGAAUACUCUGCCAGAGGAGCACUGGCUCUGUGAUUCUAUUACUCAGAUAAGCUUGGAUCCACAUCCCUGCUUCUCCUUGUACCCUAUUCACUGCCAUAUAACUGCAGUUAAUCUUUGUUCCCAAAAAAUAAGCAAGGCUUGCAGCAUGCCACAAAGAUAACUGAAAGCAAAACACUAAGCCAAGCAGAAUGUGCUUUUGAAAUCCCCUGGCUCCUCAUGGAGAGUACCUCACUUGCUGUUUCUUCGCAUUUAAACGAAGGAGCCUGAGCAUCACAGCUGAUCUCCUCAGAUAGUUAGCCUUUACUAAAUAUGCAGAUUUACAGUAUCUGCUUUUUUAAUCUUCUAAAGCUUCUGCCCUUGUCAUGUCACACUGCUACAUUUCAUAUCUUGAGUUCCUAAAAGCCCAUCUUCAUACAAGAGAAAAGCCUCCUGUUUUCUUGUAUCACUCUGAUAUUAUUAGCACAAUCACGAAUAGAUAACUAUAAUUGAAAGUAUUAUCUAAAAUCAAAGGAAUAACUUAUUUAUCCAGGAACAAGCACUUUCUAUUUGGUUCUAGUAAAUUAAAGAUGAUUUAAUAAAAUGUUUAGUUUCCACAGAUGAUGACCAAUAAAUCCAGACUAGAGAAUGACUCAACACUAGUUCAGCCAUUUCUCAUUGGUGCUGAGGCCAGCAUGGCUCAAGAAGGGGUGAUUUCUCAUGCUCAAAUUACAGCCUGUGUACAUCAUGAAUCAAGAGGUAAAAUUAUUGCCACUUCUAUGCACAUUUUGCCUUGAGGCUUUGUACUGGUGAUAUCUUGGAAUGUGUAAAAUAACUUACAUUUAUGAGGUAUGAAGAUAGACUAGAGGCAACUAAUACAAACCAAAAAUGUCUGGGUUGAUACUGCUGUUCAAACUGCAAGAAUCUCCAGCUUUCAGUUCAAAAUGGCAUGUUGAUUACAGAUGUUUUAUUAUUGAAGAAAUUUGUUACCACAUCCUCACAACCUUGCCUUUGAGAAGCUCUAGCACACCAUGCAGGAAUUUGAAUUUUAGUAGAUAAUAGCCUUUGUGUCAGGCAUGUGCCUUUCCCUUGAAAUUUGACUAAAGUAUAAGCCAGGCUCAGAUACUUGCCAAAACAGUUUAAUUUUCAGAAAAUUCCUUCUUCCCUAAGCAUGAUUUUCCCUGCAAUUGCAGUUUCUAGAUACCCUGGUCUAUAUGGGGUCCAGGCAUUGGAGCUGAGAGCAGUUGUAUGCUCUGCAUGGACCUUCUCUAGGUAUUAAAUGGUUGUGUUCUAGAGGAGGCAAUUGGCUGUAGAAUAGUCAGAAGGUGUGUAUAUAUAGUGAAUGCAGCAAUGGAUUGCAGGCAGGGCCGGAUUGGGGGGGGAGCUAGCCGGGCAGCUGCCUGAGCCGCUAACCUAUGGGGAGGCACCUCAUUGAAGUGUUAAGGGGUGCCAUGCGCCCGCUGCCCAGGGCACAACGAUGGCUCGGUCCAGCACUGAUUGCAGGAACAGAAAGCAUGAUCCCAUGUUUAUGAUAAAAGCUGCCCUGGGGAACUAAAGUCUUGUACACUUUUCACAGGUGGUUACAAAGGGUAUGUCUACACUGUAAUUUAACACCCAUGGCUGUCCUGGCUUGGUUGCAUCUUCUUUGAACUCUGAAAAAGAGGCCUGUCUCUCUCUCAUUAGGUACCCAAAAUUAGUGGAUUUUUUUACCUUAAUUUUUCUCUUUGCCUCAGUUCUCCCAUUACAAAAUGAGGAUAAUAUCUCCAUUUCACAGGCUUGCUUUGAAAAUAAUAAAAUCAUCAGUGUUUGAGAAACAAAUUUACUAUCAGUGAUGAACACCAGAGGAGGUCUGUGAGAAAAUUAAUAAAUUUUGUCUUCAAGAAUAGAGUGUGAAAUAAAUAAGGUAUGGGACUACCCUUUGAACAAAAUAUUGAAUUAGUUGCUCAUAAAGUGAACAUGAUCCAGUCGGUGCAUUGAAUGAGGUACAGAUUUUAGGGAAAAAAUAGUAUGUGAUUGAUAGAAGGUUGAUUCUGAAUGCAUUUAUACAAGGGAGGUUAAUUAAAGUUGCAUAAGCAACCUUAAUUCUGGAGUUUCUUAACCUUUUAAUGCUUGAUUUUGCAACCUUAAUGUGCUUUUAACAUAAUGUUGUGUGUAAUAAUACUCAUUUUUAAAAUCAUUUUGCAGACACUGAACUAAAUGAAUAUAUAAGUGCAGUCCUAGUCUAAUAUGCCAGCUCUCAGCUCCAUUAGAGUGCAAACAAGUGUUAUUGUGUAACACUAAGGUGGUACUGUGAAACAUUCCAGUUGAGGAUGCAAAGUAAAGGUGAAUAUGCAAUUUUCUCCUGUUCCAUGAGCAAAUGUCUUAUGCUACUGUCUUUAAUUAUAUGACCACUUAUAAUUUCCCAUUUUCCCCCUAGAAUCUUAGACUAUUUUGUGAAUCUUUGAUUCCUGUAAUGCAAUCCAAAUUGAAAGCAUUUUUUAUAAUGCAUACACCUAAGCAGUUAAAAUUAAGGUUGCACAAUAUGAAGAGUUCAACUGUGAUUGGCAUUGUAUAAGACAAAGAUGAAGUCUCAGAGCUUAAAAUCUCUUAACAUUCAAAUUUAACAUUGCCUCAGUGUAUUUAGGAGAUAAGGCUAUUCCUGCACAUUCAUCUUUGGAAUUUCUUUAUUAUAAUCAUUGAAGAGGUGUGCACUAGAGACUGUUUAAUUCCUUUUAAGCUGUUGUACUUGUUUUUCUGAUAUAGGCUGUUGUGGCGUCAUAAGUCCAGGUCUCUACCUUGGAUGCUGGGCAAUUAUGAUUGCAAUGAACAGCCUCUAACAAACCUGAAAACUAGAAGCCUGUUGGAACAUACAGUACAUAUGGUACUGUCACAUUACAUAAAUGAUUUGGUAAACUUGCCACUGUUCUAGUAAGAAAUCACGGAUGCCAUGUUCCACAUAUUUAGUAGUAUGCUGGAAAAACGGAAAGAGGUCUGUUUCUUUACAUUUAUAAUACAAUUGUAUUUCUGCAUUCUGUAGAUUUUUUGGAUGACAAUUUUAACCAGAACUGUCAAACUUUUAUGAAGGUUUCUAUUUGCCUAGCACUUGUUCCAUAGGACAAACUAAGAUGAUUUAAAAUUCAAAGUACAGUUUUGGACAGCAAAUAUUUCAAAAUUACUAUUAAAAAAAGAAUCCAUAAAAGAGAAUCUGGUAAGUGGAUACUCAGUCUUAGGGGCUUACUGUGGGCCAGUAAUAACACUACUGAACAAAUAAACAUAGGUAGUUCCACUGAUUUCUAAUAACAUUACUUGUUUAUACGAAAUUGUUCACCAAUGAGUACUCUGGACUUUUAAUGAUUAAAAUAAUGUUUUACUACUGUAAGCACACCAGAGCUAAUACAUAGAAGAAUGAGUUAUAUCUUGGUCUCAUGUGCACCUCAGUCGCCUUCCAGUUUCAAAAACUUUUGACUACUAAUACUAUGAAAAAGAAAGAAAAUAUGGCAGGCACUGAGUAAAUAUUACACUCAUAUCACUGUAGAUACAUGUAAUAUUUAUCACUGAUAAGCUACAUAUGACUGGGCAUCAAACAUGACUUACAGUUGGUCACAAUGCCCAAACACAAAUGUGCUUAAUUUUAGCACAAGCUUACUGUAAGAAAACAGCCUAUAUGCUUUAAGUUAAGCAUAUGCCUGUACUUGCAGAAUGUUUAUUUUACCUUUGCUUAGAUAUCAUGGCAAUGAGAGCAGUAUAUAAACCUGAACAGAUCAGAAAAAAGUGAAGAUUUUAAAAUUUAACACUGCCAGUCUGUUGCAAAAUGUACAGCAUUUAUUCACAUACAGACAAAAAGGCACAAUUCUACUAAAUAUUUUAACAAAAAAUACAGCUGUCUUCAACUAGAUCUUUAUAAAUACUUCAGAAAAGAGGGAAAAUAAAUACAGGAUUGGGCCAAGUAAUAUAAAAUAGUCAUCUCUACAUAUACUUUAUCUCUGAUUCUAUGUUUCUCUUCAUGCACCUUUUUUAAUUUUAGCUGAAUAGACACCAAAGCUAGGCACAUAGUGAAAACUUUUCUGUACAAGAUUUUACAAAUGUAAUGACAAUUUUUUUUCAAAUUUUUAAAAUAAUUAAGAUUUGCACACAUGACAUGAAUAAACCCUUCAUUUUAGAUUUGUGUUUAUACCCUAGCAAAUGGCAUUCCAGGCAACUUUACAGAAGUUUAACUAGCCUACAUUUUGACAUAAUACACGAAUCAUAAUCAAAGAGAUUGCUUGGUCAGUCUGCACAGGGAAAGGUAAAGCUUUAAAAAAAAAAAAAA